ACGCAACUUUACGAACAAAAAAAGCAUGCGUAAGCAUUCAGUAUUUUCGUAAAUAUGGCCGCGUUAUUUCCGAGAAGGAACGCUCGAAGGAGAAAUCCAAGGAUUUUUAGAGAUCGACCAAACUAUCUAAAUGUUCUGACAGAGCAAGAAAUACAGCGAAAGUAUAGACUGUCAAAAACACAAAUCUACACAGUCCAUGAAUUAAUUAAGGACGACAUAUCGCCGCAAUGUAACAGAAGUCACCCAUUGUCGUCAAUGACGAAGGUAAUAUAGAUUAACAUAUUUUGAUUUUGUUGUAUCAUUUGAAAUGACAACUUGUUAGAGUGACAGUUUGCCGCAUUCAGAAAAGUACGUGUCAAUAGCGCUUGCGUCCUUGACAUUGUCAACUUUUUAUGAAAAUUAAAUAAUGCGUUUGCCCUUUUUGGAACUGAUAACGCUAUUAAAAUACACAAGUAUUCUUUUAUUUUGUAACAUCUAUGAUUCAUUUUCGAGUGUUACUGAGUUUGUAGAACGCAAUAUUAACUGGAUACAUUUUCGAGUGUUACUGAGUUUGUAGAACGCAAUAUUAACUGGAUAUGGGGAACUACAUAUGUAUUACUGUGAAAAGGAUUUUCAUCCGAAAUCUGUAUCCGAAUAGUGAAUCUCAUCCCCCUUUGUUUGGAAAACAUUCUUUGACACCUUGUUGAAAAGAUAUUGAUCUCUUUGAUCAAUUUUACAAAAUGCAUUGCUGAUAACACUUCAAUUUCUAGCCAAAUCUGAGUUCUACAGUGAAGGUGGCAUGACUCACGGUGUCUCAAGAAGUUCAGUUUGUAAGAGUAUUUGGCAGGUGCUAAAAGCUUUAGACCGCCGCUUGAAUACUGUGGUAUUCCCUACAUCAGAGAGAGAACUGGUCCAAGUGAAACAAAAAAUUUUUGGUAUAGCCGGAAUUCCAAAUGUGAUUGGAGCAGUGGAUUGCACACACAUCGCCAUGUUAGCCCCAAGGGAGAGAGAAGACAUAUAUGUGUGUCGGAAAGGAUACCAUUCCAUUAAUGUACAAGCUGUUGUAGAUGCAAACAUGAGAUUCACUAACAUUGUGGCAAAGUGGCCGGGAUCCACACAUGACAGUGUAAUCUUUGACAACUGUAGCUUGAAGGACUGGCUGGUGGAUGGAAGCAAAGGAUGGCUACUAGGAGACUCCGGCUAUGGACUGAAACCAUAUCUUCUUACUCCAAAGCUGAAUCCAAUGAGCAGAGCUGAGAUCGCGUUCAACUUGGCCCACAGUCGUUCGAGGAUGGUAGUAGAGAGGGCGUUUGGACUGUUGAAGUCACGUUUUAGGUGUCUUCACAAAACUGGAGGCUAUCUACAAUUUUCGCCUCAGAAGAUAGCUCUGGUUGUGACUGUAUGUGCCAAGCUGCACAAUCUGUGUCUGAGUGAUGGUUUCCUUGACAUUGAUGACAUUGACGUAGAAGAUGAUGAUGACGAUGUACAACUGCCACUGGAAAACCCUGACCUGAAUGCGUUGCGUGCACGGGCCUUACUGAUUGAGAGAUUUCACUAAAAAGGGAUUCUAUAUUAAUUUAAUAUAGAAUACCUUUUUCAGGGAAAUCGCUCAAUCAGUAAUGAAUUGAUUCUCAAUAGCAUACUGAACUGUUUAAUGUAUUGUUUUGUUCAUUUCACUACUAGAGUAUUGUUUUAUUACUAUGUGAUACUAGGUGAUAUUUAGUGUUAAAAUAUAAGAAGUAGUUCUAACAAUGACACAAUAUUUUUUGAUAGUUGUUAAAAAUUGCAGAGAAUUGUAAUAACCUUAUUAAUUUCACACCAUAUUUAGUACAUUUCAUUUAUAGCAAUUUGCUGCUAAAAUUGUCAUUUGAUUUAUAAUAUGAAUGUUAAUAAAUGUUUAAAGCCACACACCUUGAAAUGAAGUACAUGUUAAUAAAUACAUAUAGAUGCAAUUUCAAAAUGUGCAAAAUUGUCAUAAAAUCUCUAGCCUUGUUAGCAAGUUAUUUAUUGUUUUUUUUAAUUUAAAAACCAAAAGUAGGAUUUCUAUACAUAUACAUACAUUUCGACAAACGCAAUUAUUUUUAAGUUUUAAAGCGCAAAAGAGACAGAUGUCUACCUUGUAACCACCAGAUAUAUUCUUAUUGGCAUAGAUCAAAUAUGUUUCUCAUUUAUCCUUAAACUUACUAUGCCAUGUAUUUCAUUUCAAGGUGUGUGGCUUUAAACAAUGAUUAUUUAUUGUUCAUUAAGCGGAAAUGAAAACAGUUUUGCAAGAAGUUCUCUGGUUCUUCUUUGCUCUAAUAAAAUUGCAUCGAGUGUCUCAUUUUGCUGUCUCAAAAGUUGCAAGACAUCUUCAUGGUCAUCUGAAAAAAAAGGCUUAUUUUUAGUAAUAGAAAGAAAUUCAGGCAAAAUGGACUUUAACAAAGGUAGGAAUAGGUAACGACUCGCCCCAUUAACAACUCGCCUCAUAACGACUCGCCCAUUGUUAAUUGGGCUAGUCGUUACAAUACCAAUAGAAAAACAACAUGACUGCGAAAUUUAAAUAAAUUAACAUAAUUCAACAGUUUAUUUCUUGAAAUAUUACCAUCUUCACUUGUCUUCCGCCUUUUGUUUUUCGUGCUUGGACUCCUGUAAUAAUUCAAAUUAACAUACAUUGAAAUAAUUUGUUAGACGAUUGUUAUAAUAAUUGGAAUAAAACAAGGGCUGUUUGUAAAACACACAUGCCCCCAAAAUGGACUGUCAAUUGUAGUUGUUUCAGGUCACUGUGACCUUGAACUUUGACCUAGAGUCCUGAAAAUCAAUAGGGGUCAUCUGUCGGUCAUGACCAACGUCACCAUGAACUUUCCUGAUCCUAACCCUUAGCAUUCGUGAGUUAUCAUCCGGAAACCAUUUUACUGUUUCAAGUCACUGUGACCUUGACCUUUGACCUAGAGUACUGAAAAUCAAUAGGGGUCAUCUGUCAGUCAUGACCAAUGUCCCUAUGAACUUUCCUGAUCCCAGGCUUAAGCGUUCUUCAGUUAUCAUCCGGAAACCAUUUACUGCUUUAAGUCACUGUGACCUUGAACUUUGACCUAGUGACCUGAAAAUCAAAAUGGGUCAUCUGCCAAUCAUGAUCAAUGUACAUAUGAAGUUUCAUGAUCCUAGGCGUAAGCGUUCUUGAGUUAUCAUCCGGAAACCACUUGGUGGACGGACGGUCCGACGGAACAUGUGCAAAACAAUAUACCCCCUCGUCUUCGAAGUAGGGCAUAAAACACACCAUAUGUUGAUUGGCAAUAAUUACAUUUUUAUUACAGGGAUUGUGUGGAUAUUAAUAAUAUGUAUUAUACUGUUGAAAUGUAUUCCAAAUUAAUUGGUUAUCUUGUUUCAGUUUAACAUUACUGAAUGUAUCGUAUUUAUACUAAUAGCAUAUUUUAGUAGUGUUUUGUCACAUUAUUUAUAUGUUUUAGAUGCUUUGCUGAAUACACACUGUUGUUAACAAAUAGAUGAAAUAAAAAGAAUUUGUUAUAACGCACUG